CCCUCCCCCUCCCCCUGCCGACUGCCCCCUCUUUACUUGUAUCCCCAGCCGGGGCAGUGUCUUGUCUCUCCCUCCCCCUCCCUUUGUUCUUCUUCUCUUCGCUCACCCCCCACCCUCGGCAUGUACUCCUUCCAGGAGACCGAGCUCUACGGGGCCCUCUUCACCCGGUGUAUCCAGGCGUCGAGUCGGCACCCCGUGACAGGGCCCGGCGGCGCCGGUGACACGGCGAUCGUCACCCCGACCGAUCCGUCGGCGCGCUUCAAGCCGGUGGAGGACCUGCUGGUUCUGGAUGAAACUUCCGGUGUGUGGCCGCUGCUCAAGCGGACCCGGCUUUCGGAAGCCGACACCAAGAUCAUUCUUGUGCUCCUGUUUGAGGGGCUGGUGCCAGGGCUGCCGGCUCCCUUUGGCCUGGCGGUGUCUCCGGCAAUGUCGCCGCCCCAGGAGGGGCUCACAUCAACCACCCCGGCCCCUCGCCUCAACCGGUCCACCUUCCGCCGGCUCAUGCGCCUGGCGUCGCUCAUCCAACGGGGCCACCUGCCAGGCCAGUGGCAGAGCUGGGCAAUGGCCGUCAUCGGCCAGAACUUGGCGGCCAAGUCGCCGCAGAUUCGCUCCCUCUCCGGGGCCGUGUCACCGAUUGAGAUCGACAAGUUGGACAACAUUCUCCCGGUCGAUCUUCAGGGACUCACGCUGCAGAGCGUGCAGAUGGCCAAUCGCGAGUUCGAGUCGCGCCGCAUGGCCGACAGCCAGGCCGGCGCGCACGCCCCACCCAUGCCGACCGCCCCUGGCGCUGCUGCCGCCACGCCGGCCGCCGCCGCCGCCGCCGCCGCCGCCGCCGGCACUCCCCCCGCACCCGUUGCCGCCACCGGCCCGGGGUCGACCCUUCCCUGGAUCCCUCCCCCCCUGGAUCGGGUGCAGUCGGUGUGCAAGUUCUUCCUGGCCCUGACCCAGGCCACGCACCCGGUGGCCGAAGCGGACUUGCCCUCCGUGGUGGCCUUCCUCAUGGGCCCGGAGUCCGAGGCGCCGCCCUUCCUCCCGGCGCAGGAUGCCUACGAUCGGCUCUUCUUCCGUUCGGGCCUGCCGCCGGUGGUCCUCCGCCGUGUCUGGGAGCUCACAUCCCUCAACACCGGCAGCGGCAAUGUCCUCACCCUCAAGGGGGUGGUCCUGUCGACCGGCAUCCUGGAUGGGCUGCGCACCAUGGCCAAGAUCAAUCCCGCGCUGGCCGGGGCACCGGAGCGCCUGGUGGAACUCCUGCCGCCGGCCCCGGUGUCGGCCGGGUCCCCGGAGAUGGCCCACAUGCUGGCAUGCAUUCUAAGUGCUCCGGGUACGCCGGGGGCCGCGGCCGUGGCCGCGGCUGCCUCCUCCCCGACGGCCUCGCCCCCGGGGUCGGCCCUUCGCCCGGACAGCACCUUCUCGGCCAUGAUCCACUCGGGCGCCGGAGGAGCCGGGCCACCGGGAGGGUCCCUGCGCCUGGAGAUCCCGCCGCAUUCGCCGGUGACCGGAGCCGGGCCGCCCCUGUCGCCGGAGCUGGCCGGGUCCACCCUGUCUCGGUCGAACACCAUGCGCGGCGCCACCCUCGGGGGGAGCACUCGGCGCGCGGAGACCUGGCUGGUGGACCCCUCGGCUCUGGCCAUGGCCGGGAAGCUGAUUGCCGCGCAUGGUGGCCAGCGUCUGUCCUCGGUCCAGGUGCGGGACGUCCUGCUGUCGCACUCGGCCGGGGCCUUGACAUCGGCCGGCCUGAGCCGGGUGUGGAAGCUGGCCAAACGGUCGCCGGCCGCCAUGGACGGCCUUGGCCACGAUGAGCUGGCGGUGGCCCUGAUGCUGGUGUCGCUGGCGGCCGAGGCGGCUGGCGGGGUCCCGGGGGCUGGUGAUGCGGCCGUGCCGGCGGUCCUGCUGCCGGCCCUGGUUCCGCCGCAGUUCCGCGAGUCGCCGGCCCCGGGCAGCCCCUCGCUGGGUUCCACCUCGAACGCCGGCAGUCCGGCGGCCCUGCACAGCCCGAGCCCGGUGGCUGGGCUGGACUCGCCGGGCCCCGGCUCGGGCCCGGCCUUGUCCGGCUCGCCGCUCAUUGCCUUCGACACGCCGGUCGAGCCGGCUCCGGCCCCGAUCGCCGCCCCCGCAUCCGGGCCUUCGGCCGGAGAGCUGGAGGAGCUCCGCCAGGAGCUGCAAGCUGCCCGGGCCGAGGUCGCCGCCCGUGACCAGGCUCUCGAGGCUGCCCAGGCCGAGGCGGCCGCCGGCAGCCAGGAGCUGGCCCAGGUCCGCGACCAGCUGGCUGCCGUGCGGGACGAUCUUGCCACGACCAAGGCGCGCUUGGUCCUCCUGCAGGCCGAGGGGGCCACCCUGCGCCAGGAGAAGGACGCCCUUCAGGAGAAGCUGUCCGAGGCCCUCCAGGCUCGGGAUGACUCCGUGCACCAUGUUGAGAUCCGUGACAAGACCAUUCGCGGGCUGCAGCUGGAGCGCGACCGCCUGCUGGGGGAGGUCCUCUCCCUUCGUGCUCAGACGGCCGCCGGUGGGGUGGAAGCCCCCCGGUCGGGCCCGGCCUCGCCGGUCGGCGGUCAUCCGAUGCCGGUGCGGGCCGCCUCGCCGACGGUGGCGGCCGUGUCGGCGGCCCCUGCCGCGGCGGCCAUCGACCCGUAUGCCGCCUUCGCGCCGGAGUCCCUGAUGUCGGUCGAGAUUCCGGCGCCGACGCCCAGUGCCCCCGCACCGCAGGCGGACAUCGAUCUCUUCGGCGACAAUGACCCUUUUGCCGUGGCAACUGUGCCGACUGUGCCGACUGUGCCGACUGUGCCGACUGUGCCGACUGUGCCGACUGUGCCGACUGUGCCGACUGUGGCCGCGGCCACGGCCCCGACCCCGGCCCCGGCCACGGCCACGGCCCCUGUCGAUGCUGCCCCCUCAUCCCCGGGCAGGGUCACUCCUGGCGGCUCGCACAUCGGCAUCCCCUUCGACCUGGCCAGCCUCAGCACCAGCAGCCUGGCAUCCAUGGCGUCGUUGGCAUCGGCUCCGGCCCCGGCGGCUGUGCUGUCCCCGGCCCCGGCGGCCGUCCUCUCGCCGGCGUCCGAUGCUGAGGACGCCUUCUUCGGUUCGGCCGCUGGCGCCGAGGUGGACUUCGAUUCGGCCUUCGGUGGCGGCGCCGGCGGCCCCCCGGCCGAUGGCGGGUCGGACAUCAACUUUGACUCGGCCUUUGGCACACCGAGCACCGCGCCGGCGGCGCAGGUGGCCACAACCGCCGGCGCCCAUGCCGAGGUGGACUUUGACUCGGCAUUCGGGGCGUCGACCGGCAGCCCGGCGGCCCCGGCAUCGCCGGUGCUGGCCUCGGCCGAGUCGAUCGACUUCGACCAGGCCUUCUCGCCCCCGGCGGCCGGGGCGGCCCUCCCGAGUGGCGGACCUGCCGGCGUCCCGCCGGCCUCGGACCUGUUCGACUUUGACGGGGCCUUCGGGGGCGGUGCGGGCGGCGCCCCGGCGCCCGCGCCCACCUCGCCCCGGGCCCAUGGGCCUACGUCCGCCAGUAGCUCGCUCACAUCGCUGAACAGCAUUGCCUCGGCCUCGGGCCAGGCGCCGGCCGUGCCGGCCUCCCCCCGGUCGGUUUCCUCCUCGACCACGGAGAUGAUCGACUUCAACGCUGCCUUUGGCGGUGUCGGUGGUGUCGGUGGUGUCGGUGGUGCCGGCGGCCCCGGCAGUGCCGGCAGCUCGCGCCCGGCCAGCAUCAUCGAUGUGGACCCCUUCGCUGCCGGGGCUGGGGCCGAGACGUCGAGCCAGGCCCCGGCGCCGGCUGCCGCCCCCAUGGCCGCGGAGUUCGACUUUGAUGGGGCCUUCGGCGCGGCGGGCGCCGUCGGUGGCGCCCAGGCUCCGGAGGCGACCCCGGCCCGCGCCCAGGCUGACCCCUUCCUGGCGGCCGGCGUCGGUGAGGGGGACUUCGACGCGGCCUUCGGCGUUGGGGCCCAGCCGCAGAAGGCCCUGGCCGGGGUCGCGUCCCCGGCGACCGACGACUUCUUUGGCUCGUCGGCCGGCGGGACGGACACCAUCGACUUCGAUGCGGCCUUCGGCUAGUGAGCAAGCAUGCGACUGGCGAGGGGCCGAGGGGAGGCGUGUGUGCCAUAAGCGUGUAUGCGUGUGUGUGCGUGUGUGUGUGUGUGUGUGUGUGUGCAGUUGUGCAUGCACAUGCCAUGUGUGGUCCCGAUGGGCCCCUCUCUGCAUGCGCGACCAUCAUCACACCCCGCGUGGGAUCGGAGGCCGGGGGGGGGGCAGUUCAUUUUUCCGCCCUUUUUUGGCUCCCUGCUUUUUCCUCCUGCCUUUUUUCUUCGCCCCCCGCCCGGCCGCGCCCACACAUCGGCGGCAAUACACAACCCCCCGCAAGCA